AUGAGCUACGGCAAAAAGGACGAAGAUGCUGACCUGGGUCUGGUCAAGGUGGAUCGCACGCAGGUCUUCCAAGAAGCUCGACUCUUCAACAGCUCCCCGAUCCAGCCGCGACGAUGCCGAAUUCUCCUGACCAAGAUUGCCCUCCUGCUCUACACGGGCGAAAAGUUCCCGACCAAUGAGGCCACCACCCUGUUCUUUGGCAUCUCGAAGCUCUUCCAGAACAAGGAUGCCAGCCUCCGCCAGAUGGUGCACCUUGUCAUCAAGGAGCUCGCCAACUCGGCCGAGGACAUCAUCAUGGUUACGAGCACCAUCAUGAAGGACACCGGUGGUGGCAGCGACGCCAUCUACCGCCCCAACGCCAUCAGAGCCCUCUGCCGUAUCAUUGAUGCCACGACUGUCCAAUCGAUCGAACGCGUAAUGAAGACUGCGAUUGUCGACAAGAACUCUUCCGUCUCCUCCGCCGCUCUCGUUUCCUCCUACCACCUUUUGCCCAUUGCCAAGGAUGUCGUCCGUCGCUGGCAGAGCGAGACUCAGGAGGCUGCUGCCAACUCCAAGUCGGGCGGUGGCUUCUCCCUCGGCUUCUCCUCCAGCAACCAGAUGCCCAUGAACAACUCGAGCAUGACGCAGUACCACGCCAUUGGCCUGCUCUACCAGAUGCGCAUGCACGACCGCAUGGCCCUGGUCAAGAUGGUCCAGCAGUUCGGUUCCCCUGGUGCUGUCAAGAGCGCCCCUGCCACCGUCAUGCUGGUCAGGCUCGCAUCUCAGCUCGCCGAGGAGGAUGCUUCUCUGCGCAAGCCCAUGUCGCAGCUUCUCAUUGGCUGGUUGCGCCACAAGUCUGAAAUGGUCAACUUUGAGGCUGCCAAGGCCAUCUGCGACCUCCGCGACGUCACCGACGAGGAGAUUAACCAGGCCGUCCACGUCCUCCAGAUGUUCCUCACCUCGCCCCGCGCCGUUACCAAGUUUGCCGCCCUCCGCAUCCUCCACAACUUUGCUUCGUUCAAGCCCAUCGCCGUCGCUCCUUGCAACCAAGACAUUGAGCUCCUCAUCUCCAACUCGAACCGCUCCAUUGCCACGUUUGCUAUUACGACGCUGCUCAAGACUGGUAACGAGGCUAGUGUCGAUCGACUGAUGAAGCAAAUUGCUAGCUUCAUGUCCGAAAUUACCGACGAGUUCAAGAUUACCAUUGUCGAAGCCAUCCGCACACUCUGCCUCAAGUUCCCAAGCAAGCAGGCUGGUAUGCUGACGUUCCUCAGCGGCAUCCUGCGCGACGAGGGUGGCUACGACUUCAAGAAGGCUGUCAUUGAGAGCAUGUUUGACCUGAUUAAAUUUGUCCCCGACUCCAAGGAUGAGGCUCUGGCACACCUGUGCGAGUUUAUUGAGGACUGCGAGUUCACCAAGCUUGCUGUGCGCAUCCUGCACCUGAUUGGUCUGGAGGGGCCCAAGACCAGCAACCCUACCAAAUAUAUCCGCUAUAUCUACAACCGUGUCGUUCUGGAGAACGCCAUUGUCCGUGCGGCUGCCGUGACAGCGCUGGCCAAGUUUGGCGUUGGACAGACUGACGCCGACGUCAAGAGCAGUGUCAAAGUCCUCCUGACUCGCUGCCUGGACGAUGUCGACGACGAAGUCCGUGACCGUGCCGCGCUCAACUUGAAGCUUAUGGGCGAAAAAGAUGAUCAGAUGGCCAGCAACUUUGUCAAGAACGACAGCAUGUUUGCGCUGCCGUACUUUGAGCACCAGCUUGUCAUGUACGUGACGUCGGAGGACAAGAGCAACUUUGAGGACCCCUUUGAUAUUUCCAAGAUUCCCGUCGUCACUCGAGAGCAGGCCGACGCCGAAGACAGAACCAAGAAGCUCACGGCCACGACACCGACGCUCAAGGCCCCCAAGGCUGGCCCGACCAAGACCCCCGCCUCUGGUGCCGAGGCGGCCGCCGCCGCUUCUGCGCAGGCGCAAAAAUACACGGAGGAGCUCACAGCCAUUCCCGACAUGGCCGAGUUUGGCAGCGUCCUCAAGUCGUCGCCUGUCAUUGAGCUUACUGAAGCGGAGACGGAGUACGUUGUGUCGCUGGUCAAGCACAUUUUCAAGGAGCACAUUGUUCUGCAAUUCGACGUCAAGAACACACUACCUGAUACUGUCCUGGAGAACGUGUCUGUUGUAGCGUCGCCUUCCGAGGAGGAUGAGCUGGAAGAAGUGUUUAUCCUGCAGUCUGACAAACUAGCGACGGACGAGCCUGGCAAGGUGUAUGUUGCGUUUAAGAAGGUGAAUGGCGAGAAUACUCUACCAGUUUCGUCAUUUACGAAUAUUCUCCGAUUUACCAGCAAGGAAAUUGACCCGUCGACGGGCGAGCCCGAGGAGACUGGUUACGACGACGAGUAUGAGGUGUCGGAGUUUGAGCUCACGGGAAGCGACUAUAUUAUCCCUACUUUUGCCAGCAACUUCAACCAUCUGUGGGAGCAGAUUGGAGCGUCCGGCGAGGAGGCGGAGGAGACUCUGCAGCUGAGCAGCAUGAAGAGCAUUGCCGAUGCUACGGAACAGCUCACACAAGCACUGUCGCUGCAACCGCUAGACGGGACAGACGUUCCGGUCAACCAGAGCACACAUACGCUGAAGCUGCUGGGCAAGACGGUGAGCGGAGGGCGUGUGGUGGCGACGGUGCGGAUGGCAUUCUCGUCCAAGUCGGGCGUAACGACGAAGAUUACGGUGCGCAGCGAGGAGGAGAAUGUGGCGGCGCUGGUAAUUGCAUCUGUAGCGUAA